AUGGCAUCAACAGCCUCGGCCAAAGCUCGCGAAAUUUGGCUGGAUGGACUACGAGGAAUAGCUGCGGCGAUCGUCGCCUGGUUCCACUUCACCGUGGCAGAGAUGAAAACUCCCUAUCGAUCAUUCUGGGCUGUCCCCGCAGCUGAGAAUCACCGUUUCUUCCAGUUACCACCGUUCCGCUUAGUGUUUGCUGGACAGUCCAUGGUUCUUCUCUUCUUUGUCAUCUCAGGCUAUGCCGUGUCGACCUCCAUAAUACGACUCCGUGAUGAUGCCCCGGCUCAGUUCUAUCGAAAACUUACGUCUGCCGUCUUUCGCCGCGGGUUUCGACUUUACAUUCCUGUUCUAGCUCUUUGCCUCAUCUCCCAUUCGGCUUAUUACAUGGGCCUGAUUGACUGGAUGCCGGGUGAUCGGGAGGGCUGUCCUGGAGCACAGCCCUGGUCAGCGCUAAGACCUCAUCUCAGUUGUCUCACCAUGACCUUCCUGACGACUCUUCAUAUGAGUGGACCAUUCUAUGUGACGGGAUACAAUUUCCACCUGUGGACCAUUUCGUAUGAGUACCAAUGCUCAAUGGCGGUCUACCUGGUGAUACUUGGGCUUGCAUCCAUCAGGCCUAGGGUGCGGCUGUUAGCAAUUGCCGGCUUGUGUGUCACCCUCAUGUGGUUUGGCUCACCUAUAUUAUCAGCAUUUAUGGCUGGUCUCCUAUUUGCGGAGCUGGAUGUCCUGCGUGAAGCAUCAUGGAAUUUAUUGGCGGCUGGGGAAAUGAGAAAACCGACCAUCCUUGUCAGAAACUGUGCAAAUGUCUUCACCGGCCUCCUCUUCGUGAGCGGAAUUUACCUCUUGUGCCUCCCACAAGAUACGACUUUUCCACCCGACUUUUGGUUUCAAUCCUCCCUUGAGCUACCGUUCUAUGUGGAUCCUGAGAUUCGCAUCCGGGGAUGGCACGCUGUCGGGGCGAUCCUUGUUGUUGGAACGCUCAGACGUGUUCGAUUCCUGCGAGUUCCGCUAGAGACUCGUCUCGUGCAGUUCCUCGGGACGAUCUCUUUCUCACUAUAUCUGUUUCAUCCGUUGUUCAUCAUGGUCAUGCGCAAUCGCAUCCUGCAGGCUGUCUGUUAUCAUCUGUGGGGGACGGAUUUCUGGCAGACGCAGCAGGAUGAGUCCGCCUGGCAUGUACUCUUCCUGGCGUGGACUGCAGCAGCGGUUGUUAUGUUCCCGUUGUUGAUCCUGGCGUCCAUGUAUAUGUCCAAGACUGUGGACCGAAAAUCGGUUGUUUGGGCGUAUCAGAUGGAAAACCUCGUCAGCCGCGCUAGCAGGUGA